GUCCAUGACUCCAGCUCAGGCUGACCUGGAAUUUCUUGAGAAUGCCAAAAAGUUGUCUAUGUAUGGUGUUGACCUUCAUAAAGCAAAGGACUUGGAGGGAGUAGAUAUCAUCCUAGGUGUCUGCUCUAGUGGCCUUCUGGUUUACAAAGAUAAGCUGAGAAUUAACCGCUUUCCUUGGCCCAAAGUGCUGAAGAUUUCUUACAAACGCAGCAGCUUUUUUAUCAAGAUUCGGCCUGGAGAG